AUGGCUCCUAUUGCGCUGAAGAAGCUGACUGCGUUACAGACGGCUCGAGAAGCCGAAAUUGAGAGCAUUCGUACACGCCUGCUUGCUAAGCAGCGUGACUCGCUUAAUAAAAGCAUGGUCCAGGCGCGACUUGAUGCUGUUAAGCAGAUUUGGGUGGAGACUAGGAAGACGCAUUCUGAAAUUGUUGUUAGGGACGAUGCAGAGACAGAUGCGUAUAUUGCAGAUCAAUGGUUCGAUCGCAUUCAGGGUGUUUACGAAUCGGCUCUUGACGAGAUCCUAACACUGCUUGCUUUAUUCGACAAGCCUGAUGCUGAUGAUAGCGCUAGUAUGGGGGAGUCGGACUCAGAUCCUGAGGUUGUCAAGCUUCCGAAAAUUAGUUUACCUACGUUCUCAGGUAAAGACGAGGACUGGGCUAGUUUUAGCGAUCUUUUCACUUCUCUCGUGCAUAGUCGUUCUGGCAUUUCUGACGUCACGAAACUGCAGUAUCUCAAGUUAUGCUUGACUGGUGUGGCUGCAGAGCUGAUCAAGGACGUGAUGACAACCAAUGCGAAUUAUGCGAGCACUUGGCAGACGCUUAAGGAUCGUUAUAGUAAUCCUAGGUUGACGAUCAAUAAACUCUUGACUUCGUUUUUAGAAAUUCCGCAGAUGAAGAAGGAAUCGGCUGCUGAAAUGCGUGCGUUCGCUGAUGAGGCCAAGCGGAUCGUUCGAGCUUUGACAAAUUUGAAACUUCCAGUUGAUCAUUGGGAUAUUUGGUUUGUUUUCUUGUUGUCCGAUCGCCUGGAUCCGGAGUCUCGGAAGCUGUGGGAGGCUGAGCUGAGUGAGAAGGACCAGGAGUACGUGCCGGAGGCGGACGAGCCGGAGCGUGAUAUCAACAGCGCUCUUCCUAAGUUUUCAGAUUUGCUUAAGUUCCUUGAAAGAAGAGCUCAAGCUCUUAAGAUGUACCCUUCGGAGCGCAAGGCGGAGAAGAGACCAGCUUCUACGCCAACAUCAGGACCUCAGCCUCGGAAGGUUUUCCACGCUAGAUCCUCUCGUUUGUCUGGAAAUUCUAAUUGCGCCCUUUGUAACGGCACGCAUCCUCUCUCGAAAUGCUUCAAGCUGAAAGACAAGAAUCCACACGAGCGGUUGGCAACGGUCAAGCAGUUGCAGCGUUGCUUUAAUUGCCUCGGAUCUCACAGAGCCAACGCUUGUAAUUCUUCGGGACGUUGUUCUACUUGUCAGGGUAAACAUCACACCCUCUUGCAUCUUAAAUUCCAGGGAAACUCGCAAGCUGGGCACCAGAACACCGAUAAUUCUCAGGCGGGCGGCUCUGGCUCGAAAUCUGUCGUGAGUUUGCAUGCAGCGGGCGUCACGUUUCCGAAGCGGAGAAUCGUUCUGGCUACAGCAAAGGUGCAGAUUAUAGGUCCAAGAGGAGACCGCACCCUUGUACGAGCACUCUUGGAUCAAGGGUCGGAGGCUUCAUUCGUUUCGGAGUCGAUUGUCCAGCUGUUAGGGCUCCGAAAGGAGCAUACUUGCGUACCAUUGACAGGGCUUGGCGCUAGUGCAGCGGGCACUGCGCGCUCGAGAACUCAGCUCGUUCUAAAAUCCAGGGUCGACACAAGCUUCCAGAUUACGACAGAGGCGCUCAUUCUUCCUCGUCUAACGUCACAGCUCCCAGUCGACAGCAUUGAAGAUCUCGAUCUCAUGCAGUUUGCAGGGCUCACUCUCGCAGAUCCGGAGUUUUUCCUAUCGAAUAAGGUCGAUGUGAUUCUCGGUGCUGACGUCUACGGGCAGUUGCUCCGAUCGGGAUUGAGACGCUUUCCUUCAUCGCAGCUUGUCGCUCAGGAUACGGCCUUUGGUUGGAUAAUGUCCGGAGUUUUACCGGCGAAGGAUUCACGGCGGGCGGAGUCGCAUACUUCCACACCGUUGCAGGUAUUGCAUUGCGCUUCAAUGCAGGAGCUGGACCAAUUGCUGCAGAGGUUCUGGGCUUUCGACGAGCUUCCUUCGUCGUUUUCUAAGUUGAAACCGGAGGACGAAGCCUGCGAAAAACUAUUCAAGGAGACUCACACCAGGGAUUCGCAGGGGCGGUACGAGGUUCGUCUCCCGUUGAAAUCUCAAUUACCUUCGGUUGCAGGUGAGACAAGGCAAAUGGCUCUUGGAUCACUCCAGUCGUUGCAUCGUCGCUUUGCUCGAGAUCCCAAGGUCGCUCAUACGUAUCGAGAAUUUCUGAAGGAGUACGAGGACCUAGGGCACAUGGUUCGAGUUCCAGAGUCGGAGAUUCGGCGUGAAGGUGCGUGGUACUUGCCGCAUCACCCAGUAGUGCUGUAUUUAUUGUUGAAAAUGAAGAUUAGGGUCGUUUUUGACGCCUCUCGACGCACUCGGGAUGCUGAUAUAGUUAAGAUGUUUAGGCAGAUCAAAGUGCAGCGCGAGUAUCAAGACUUUCAGAGGAUCGUUUGGGCUCCUACGGCUGAUUCACCUCCUGUCGAUUAUCGCUUAACGACAGUCACUUAUGGGACGACAUAUGUGGAUGAUACUUUCGCUGGAUCGGACGAGCUUUCGACUGCGGUGCAGAAAAGGGUCGAGCUUACUAAGCUCUUAGGCUCGGCAGGUAUUUAUCUUGACAAAUGGGCUGUUAACCAUCCAGAGCUGCUUCCUCCACAGACAGGACAGGGUCCGGCAAAGGAGAUCGAUAUGGAUGAAUCAGUCAAAACACUCGGCGUUCACUGGAAUCCUGCUCAGGACAAGUUUGGUUUCUCCGUUUCAGAUAUCACCGAGCUGUCGAAGGCUUCGACUAAGCGCUCCAUUCUCUCCAAUAUAGCUCGUUUGUUUGAUCCACUCGGGUGGCUUUCGCCAGUUACAGUAACUGCGAAAGUCUUGAUGCAAGACUUGUGGAUCCAGAAGUGCGACUGGGACACGCCUUUGCCAGAGGAUUUUCGUGAGCGAUGGUAUGCUUAUUGCAAAUCGUUGUCUGAGCUGCCGUCCUUGUCAAUCGAUAGGUGGUUAGGCGUCACUUCCACUCGUUCGUACCAGCUACACGGUUUCUCGGACGCUUCUUCUCGAGCUUAUGCUGCUGCUGUAUAUCUGCGAGUCGACAAGGGAGACGGCACAUUCAGUGUGUCUCUUCUAGCUGCCAAGACGAAGGUUUCUCCGGUAAAGACGGUCAGUAUUCCUAACUUAGAGCUCUGCGGGGCUGCGCUUCUCGUUAAGCUCCUUUGCCACGUUAGGAAACUCGAUUUUCUCAGUGCGACUCCGGUUUUUGCUUGGUCUGACAGUCAGAUUGUACUCACAUGGCUUCGAAAGCAUCCUUGUCAUUGGAAGACCUUCGUUGCAAAUAGGGUGUCGUACAUUCAAACCGAGUUGCCGUCUGCAACAUGGGCUCACGUACCUACUAAGGAGAAUCCAGCGGAUUUGGCAACUCGAGGUUCUGGACCAGCGGAGCUAGCAGGGACUACUCUGUGGUGGCAGGGACCUAGCUGGCUUUCACAAGCUCCGAACGAGUGGCCACAGCCAGCAGAGACUCGGCGAGCGCUCCACACGAAGAAGGUGCCAUCGGAACCGGAGCUGUUGACCAGAUUUUCUUCGUUGUCCCGCUUAAUUCGGGUCGUUGCGUUUGCUAGACGUCCUAUUCUUAAUCAUCGUAGGCAAAAAGAGGCUCAAGAACCGCUUCCUGAAUUUCUCACGCUGUCAGAGUUGGCAGAAGCUCGCAGCAUUGUUAUUCGUUUAUCGCAGGCGAGCAGUUUUGCAGUCGAGAUCGAAGCGUUGAAGGCUGGAGGGAGAUUGCCGAAAGGCAAUCGGCUCAGUAAAUUAAACCCUUUUAUUGGCAAGGACAAUAUUUUGAGAGUAGGAGGUCGACUGUCUCACUCCAGUCUGUCCUUCGAUCGCAAGCAUCCACCGAUUUUGUCGCAGGAUUCAGCUCUCAGUCGCUUGUUCGUGUAUUCUGCUCAUCGACUUUGCUUGCAUGGUGGACCUACUUUGACUUCUAGCGUUCUGAUGCAGCAAGUCUGGAUUGUGGGCAGGAAGCAGUUAGUCAAGUCCAUGAUUCACAAGUGUGUGACGUGUCAGCGGGUCAAACCUCAAUCAGCACAGCAGUUAAUGGGAGAUCUCCCCGCCGAUCGAGUGCAUGCUAGUAGGCCGUUUUUGAUUUCAGGUUUAGACUACGCUGGUCCCAUUCAGAAAAAUCAUGAAGAAAGUAAGAGGAAUAAUAAGGCCAUGGAAGCUAUUGCUUUAGGCAAAGGUCUCUACCUCAAGCCCUAUAAAAAUUUCCAUGAUGUUUUCAUGAGAAAUAAUCUACUUUCCGAUGACCCAUUGCAUAAUGAAUCAGCAGUGGUAAACUUGGAUGACUUUCAAAAUAGAGGCACUCACUGGGUUUGCUAUUGCAAACGUGGUCCUGAAGUGAUUUAUUUUGAUAGUUUUGGCGAUCUCAAACCUCCUAAUGAUCUUAUGUUCUGGGAGACUAUAAAAGAGGUGCUCACAGACAAAUGGAAUCAUUAUCUUCCGAUCAGUCAUGGAAGAUAG